AUGGAGCAGAAAGCGGAGUGUCCACCCAAGCGGUACCACAACCGGCCAUGCCCCUUCCGCCUGCCGAAACCAGCACCGGUGAUCUAUUUAUGGCCUGACCCGAGCAAAGACUACUUGACCAGCUUCUCUUCAGUGGACCUCAGCUUCCUCCCGGACGACCUCGGCCAGGAUCCCCACCACGACGAUGAGACCGGCCUGCCGAAUGUGGAGUCCGACACUCCGCCUGCAACGCAAGACACUGUCGUGGUCUUGGAAGACGGCGGCCUCUGCCAACAGGGGGACGAACAGGAAGCCCAGCCGUUGCCAGACGCGUCUGGCCUCUGUCCCUCCUUGACACCGAUGACGCCGAUGACCUCCGCUUCAGAAAGUUCGGGCAUCGUCCCACAGUUACAGAAUAUCGUGGCGACCGUGAACUUGGCUUGCAAGCUGGAUCUCAAAAACAUCGCCCUCCAUGCCCGAAACGCAGAAUAUAACCCAAAGAGGUUUGCCGCCGUGAUCAUGAGAAUCAGAGAACCGAGAACAACAGCCCUGAUAUUCAGUUCCGGCAAGAUGGUCUGCACGGGAGCAAAGAGCGAAGAGCAGUCCAGGCUGGCUGCCCGGAAGUAUGCCCGGGUGGUGCAGAAACUCGGGUUCCCGGCGAAAUUCCUAGACUUCAAAAUUCAGAACAUGGUGGGCAGUUGCGACGUGAGGUUCCCCAUCCGUCUGGAAGGCCUGGUUCUAACUCACCACUAUGAACCAGAGUUGUUUCCUGGCCUCAUAUACAGAAUGGUCAAGCCAAGAAUUGUGUUGCUUAUCUUUGUAUCUGGAAAAGUAGUAUUAACCGGAGCCAAAGACCGCUCAGAGAUCUAUGAAGCCUUUGAAAAUAUAUAUCCUAUUCUGAAGGGCUUCAAGAAAGCCACUUGA